AUGCUGGGAAACCGCAGAGAAAAAGGGUACAGUCUCCUGCCAUUGACAGGAGGACAGCCGGAGCGGCUACCCUACCACUAUGUCGCGUAUUUCCUGCUCACUGCGUCAAACAUCCUCUUCCUUGGUCUCUGGCUGUUCUCAGGACACAUGAGCAGUGACUGUAUCAGACCGCAGAUAUCAUACUCACCCGCCAAAGACGACGGUGCCAUAGCCUACGUGAAGAAGCGCCUCAUGCGGGAUAUUGAGCAUAAUCCAUUCACGGGGGAACCUCGCCCUGAGCUUGAUGCUGCCUGGAGACAUAUACUUGAGCCGAUGACCACCAAGAUCAGUGCAGAAGAACUCGCCCACCUCCCUGACACAAGCAUCCCUUUUGCAGACGGCUCUGGGUAUAUCGCUGAGUUGGCUGUCUAUCAUGAGUUGCACUGCGUGAAACGAGUGCGCCGCUAUCUCCACCUAUCGCACUACAUGCCCAACAUCACCGCCGACGAACUCGUUCGUGAAAACACCCACAUCGACCACUGCCUCGAGUACUGGCGCGAGGCAGCCAUGUGCCGGGGUGACACGACGCUCGCGACAUUCCGGUGGAAGGACGGACUUCCCUACAGCAGGGUCUAUAGUGAUCACGAGUGUGUGGAUUGGGAGGCCUUGGAUGACUGGGCAAGGGGGAGGAUGGUGGAUAUGAGUGAUUAUUCUAUUCUGAAACAGAACUAG